AUGCAGAAACACAAACGAAUAAACGAUAAAACUGCCCAAGUCCCCUGUCCAUUUCUGUUAUCUGUCCCAGCCACUUCAGUUGCCAAGAAUCUUCACUUGCUGGCCUUAUUAGCACCAGAAUUCUGAUUUCUGCUUCUGGUUUCACUAAAUAUCUCAUCUUUUUCGUGGGUUUUAAGUGUUUUUGAGUUCUUGUUGAAAUGGAUGACGACGGGAUUGAAGAUGGCGGCAGCAGUGUAAGAUUGACCGGGAUUAGCGUCGGAGCCGGCGAGUCCCGGUGGGUGGACGGUAGUGAAGUGGACUCAGAGUCACCUCCAUGGUCACUUGAUGAAGAUUUGAGUGCUAAUAAAGAAGAUUAUGGCCACUCUAUUAGGAGAAGAUUAAUCAAGAAACCAAAGAGACUUGAUUCUCUUGAUGUUGAAGCUAUGGAGAUUGCUGGCUCUCAUGGUCAUCAUAAUAAGGAUGAUUCUACUUGGCGAACCGUUGCACUGGCAUUUCAAACGCUAGGUGUUGUAUAUGGUGACAUGGGCACAAGUCCUCUGUAUGUUUUUUCUGAUGUGUUCAGCAAGGUGAACAUCAAAUCAGAUGUUGAUGUCUUAGGGGCAUUAUCACUUGUAAUAUACACUAUUGCAUUAAUUCCUUUGAUAAAGUACGUCUUCAUCGUACUCAAAGCUAAUGACAGUGGUGAAGGAGGAACAUUUGCACUAUAUUCAUUGAUCUGCAGGUAUGCAAAUGUUAAUCUUCUGCCAAAUCGUCAGCCAGCUGAUGAACAGAUCUCUAGUUUUAAGCUCAAAUUACCCACUCCGGAACUGCAAAGGUCUUUACAUAUAAAAGAAGUACUUGAACAAAAAUCCUCCUUGAAAACACUUCUCUUGCUCCUGGUUCUAAUGGGAACAUCCAUGAUUAUUGGGGAUGGUAUUCUUACACCAGCUAUAUCAGUUAUGUCUGCCGUGAGUGGUCUUCAGGGCGAAAUACCAGGGUUUGACACAAAUGCUCUUGUUAUGGUCUCAAUUAUCAUCCUUAUCGGACUGUUUAGCAUACAGAGAUUUGGGACUAGCAAAGUGGGUUUGACCUUUGCUCCUGCUCUUGCUUUGUGGUUUUUUAGUCUGGGAGCUAUUGGUAUUUACAACAUAUUUAAGUAUGAUACCUCAGUUGUAAGGGCAAUCAAUCCGGUUUACAUCUAUAUCUUCUUUAAGAAUAACUCUGGCAAGGCAUGGUCAGCUCUUGGUGGUUGUGUCCUAUGUAUCACAGGUGCGGAAGCAAUGUUUGCCGAUCUAGGUCAUUUCUCUGUACCUUCUAUACAGAUUGCCUUCACCUUUGUGGUGUUUCCGUGCCUUCUUCUAGCUUAUAUGGGUCAGGGUGCAUAUCUGAUGAAUUACCCCAACUCAGCGAACAGAAUCUUUUAUGAUUCUGUACCAGAUGGUCUUUUCUGGCCAGUUUUCGUGAUAGCUACAGUUGCUGCCGUGAUUGCCAGCCAAGCCAUGAUCUCUGCUUCAUUUUCUUGCGUGAAGCAAUCCAUGUCGCUUGGAUGCUUUCCGAGGCUAAAGAUAGUUCACACCUCAAGGAGAUUGAUGGGACAAAUAUACAUCCCUGUCAUCAAUUGGUUUCUAAUGAUCAUGUGCAUUCUUGUGGUUGCCACCUUUAGGAGCACAACAGACAUAGCAAAUGCAUAUGGGAUAGCUGAAGUUGGAGUCAUGAUUGUUAGCACCGCCUUGGUUACGCUGGUUAUGCUUCUUAUUUGGCAGACCAACUUGUUUCUGGCACUGUGUUUCCCUCUUGUAUUUGGAUCAAUUGAGCUCCUAUAUAUGUCUGCCGUCCUUUCCAAAAUCAUGGAAGGUGGUUGGUUGCCACUGGCAUUUGCUUCUUGCUUCCUCUGUGUGAUGUACACUUGGAAUUAUGGAAGUGUACUGAAGUACAGAAGUGAAGUCAGAGAAAAGAUUUCAAUGGAUUUCAUGUAUGAGCUUGGCUCCACCCUAGGGACUGUGAGAAUCCCAGGAAUUGGACUGUUAUAUACAGAACUGGUACAAGGCAUCCCCUCCAUACUUGGGCAAUUCCUUCUGGACCUUCCAGCAAUUCAUUCCACAAUUGUCUUUGUGUGCAUCAAGUAUGUUCCUGUACCAGUUGUCCCUCAAGAAGAAAGGUUUCUAUUCCGCAGGAUUUGCCCAAAAGACUACCAUCUGUUCAGAUGUGUUGCUCGAUAUGGUUACAAAGAUGUCAGAAAGGAAGAUCACCAUGCAUUCGAACAACUUCUAGUCCAAAGCCUGGAAAAGUUCCUGAGAAAAGAAGCUCAUGAGUUAGACUUGGAAAGCAGUCUCAUUGAAGUGGAUCAGUACGACAGCAUUUCCGUCAAGUCGAGAGAACCUACAGAUACUCUGGAGGAGCUUACAAUACCAUUGAUAUUGCAUGAUCACAAUUCCGAAAAGGCAGAAACUACCUCAACAGAAGGAGGUAUAGUGGAAUUACCACCAUCUAGCUCAAUACCAGGAGACGAAGAUCCAAGCUUGGAGUACGAGCUGUCAGCUCUUUGGGAGGCCACAAAUUCUGGAUUCACAUAUUUACUUGGUCAUGGUGAUGUAAGGGCCAAGAAAAAUUCAUUCUUUAUCAAGAAACUGGUAAUCAACUAUUUUUAUGCAUUUCUGCGAAGAAAUUGCAGAGGUGGUGCUGCGGUUAUGAGGGUACCACACAUGAAUAUAAUUCAAGUCGGGAAGACCUACAUGGUUUAGUGAUGCAACUACAUUUUUACUGUGCAUUCAAAGAAUCCCUUUGGAGAAACUGAGUUCAUCUCCAUUAUUGUUGUUAUGAAGGACCUGAUGCAGAAUUGUAUUGUACUUCUAAUUAUUUACAACUUGUGAUUGCAAACUUGUAGCAUUUGCAUAAUUGCAUCACAACUCUUCGUAGCUACCAAAUUGUUAUUUUUUUUGUGUGGGUGUGAAUUCAGUAAAUUAUAAUUUAUGAGA